CGAAAACAUACAGGCAAGCAAGGCAAGGCAAAAGUUGCAAAGAAGGUAAGGUGUGGUCAACGAGGAGAGAAACGAUGAUGCGCCGUCGUGUGGUGGUGACACACAAUCAGUGAAAAUCAACCUGUUUUGUUUUCGUUUUCGAUUAGUUGAAGUCGAGUUUUCCAAAUAACGAACAAGAAGUCUCAAGAGAUCAAGAUAAACGUGUUUCAACAGUAUUUACCAGGAAUAAGUGCAAUAACUUGAUUUGAUUUUUCAUUGAUGAUUCAAAACAAUGGGUGAAUUCGAAGAAGAGGUAGACAAUGUCAAAAAACGCUCUCUGGCCGGCAAUGUAGGCAUAGGAUUCUUCGUCGUGGCCUUUGUAUCCAUAUUUGUAGCCUUUGCCACCCCAAGCUGGUUAGUAUCAGACUACAGAAUAACAGGAGCUAAGCUAGACCGCUUAGGACUGUGGGUUCAUUGUUUUCGGUCUCUUCCUGACCCAUAUCAUUACAACCAAGUAAACCAAAGGUUUUUCGUCGGUUGCAGAUGGAUAUAUGAUCCCUUUACUACAGGUUAUGACCAAAUAAGAGGGUUCUUGAUACCAGAUUUUAUGGUAGCGACACAAUUUUUUUUUACUUUAUGCUUUAUAGCAAUUUUAUUAGGAACCAUAAUGACCUUGAUAUAUUUCUUGUGCUGCGGACCUGACCAGAAGCAGUUCGUCAUUCUGAUAGUAUUAAAUUCUUGGAUACUAUUAUGUGGAGCGAUAUCAGGGUCAAUAGCUGUAAUUGUUUUUGGUGCUAAGGCCAACAGAAAUGGUUGGAUGCCAGGACAUGAAAAUAAUUUCUUUGGUUGGUCUUAUGCUUUAGCUUGCAUAGGAGUCAUUGCAUGUUACAUAGCUUCCGCUUUGUUUUUUGUGGAUGGACAUGUACAAAAAAAAAAGAAAAAAAGGCUUAUAGAAAGCCAAAGCAGGUUAGAAAUGGAGCCAGAACACAAAGGAUGGUAACUUAUACGUACACGUACGUAUGAAUGUUAGUUAGAAUGUUAUUUUUGAAGUUUGU